AUGGAGAAGCCUAAAGUAUCACACUUGGCUGCAAUUAAGAGGAUCCUUCGAUACACUAAAGGAACUCUUGGUUGUGGAAUUCUCUUUUCCGCAACGGAUAAUGGUGGUAAAUGUGAAUUACUUGGUUAUACCGAUUCAAGUUGGUGCGGAGAUAAAGAUGAUAGAAAGUCUACGACGGGAUAUGUCUUUAUGUUCGGCGGAGCACCAAUCUCUUGGUGUUCUAAAAAGGAAUCGGUAGUUGCACUCUCGUCUUGUAAGGCCGAGUAUAUCAUUGCGUCAUUGUCCAUAAAUCUUGCUAAAAAUCCCAUUGCACAUGGGAGAAGCAAGCAUAUUGAGAUGCAUUUUCACUACUUAAGAGAUUUAGUAAGUGCAGGCCAGUUGAGGUUAGGAUACUGCAGAAGUGAAGAACAAGUUGCGGACUUGUUGACGAAAGCGGUAUUGAAUGAAGAUUUCAAGAAGCUAUUGAGGAGAUUGGGUAUGAAGAAUGUUGAGCACUUGAAUUAA